AUGUCGGAGAGUUCGACAAAUUCAAAUUGCAGCCGGCGUUACUGCAAGUGUGGGUCGGAAAUCAAACGCCGGACUUCAUGGACAGAUCUGAAUCCUCAAAGAAGAUUUGAGGCAUGUUGCAAUAAUCGGAACAAUAAGAGGAGGUUGCAUUUUUUCGCAUGGGUGGAGAAGGAAAUCUUGCCUGGGUUACUUAGAAGACUAAGAGGAAUUGAGGACGAAUUGAGAGCAACGGCGGAGAAUUUCAUAUUGAUGGAAGAAGAGAAGAAUAAAUUAGAGCAAAAACUGAGAGAAGAGGAAGAAGAAAUUAAGAUUUUGAAAGAAACAGAAUCUGGGAAUGGGUCAACAAGUUGUUGUACUAGAAGGGGAAAUUUUGAGUUAUCGACAAAGACAAAGGUGGUUUUGGGUUGUUGUUCUGUUUUGUUUUAUGAUUGUGAUAUUGUUCAUCAAUAUGGAUGA